CAGAGUUAUCUGGGAAGGGGCUGUCUGUGGCUUUUAAAAGAACCAUGUGAGGGACAAGCACACAGGAAAGAAAAUGACAACUCAUUGCCUCUGAGUAGAGUUGGUUAUGACAGUCUGACAAACGGAGGCUGACAGGAGAAGAGCCACAUCUGAUCGUGAAGAUGAGGCAGUGACAGGCGUACAGAGGAAGAACAAUCAGACAAAAACUACCUUCCUCUCUUCCCUUCUUACCAUGCUGUCAUUGCUUUCAUGGAUGAGAGGAGACAGCAAAGGACAGAGCCUUGAACUCAAAGCUGUGAUGGACACCAAAGCAGUGUUUGCGGCGCUGCACAGCGUCUGCGAUGAGAACGCAGAGUUCUUCUCCGGAGGAUCCAAAGGGUCGCAGGGCGAUGCGGCGCGGCGCCUGGUGGACACCAUGAAGCUCAUCAAGGACCACGCUCGCGGUCUGGAGCCCAUUAUCUCCGGCUUCACUCAAGUUUACCAUCACUUUGACUUUGACCCACACAUACCCGCCAAUGGCUAUCGCUCACUGGUCAAGGUUGUGCGCUGCUGCCUUCUCCACAUCAUCCAGAAAGGGCGCUACAUCACCGCCAACCGCCGCAGCAUCUUCUUUCGAGUGGCACACAACGCGGGGGAGAUGGAGGCGUACUGCAACGCUCUGUGCCAGCUGCGCGCCCUGCUCUACCUGGCUCAGCGCAUGCUGCACGACAACAGCCACGGAAACCUCUUUUUCCAGGAUGAGAGCGGCAUCAGUGAGACCUUUGUCCGUGAAUACUCAUCCAUGCACUUGGGCUGCUUCUAUGGCCGUUGCCUUGGCUUCCAGUUCAGCCCAGCCAUCCGGCCGUGUCUCCAGACCAUCGCUAUCGGCCUCGUGGCCUUUGGAGAAAACUACAAACGCCAUCAGUCAGGAAUAGGUGUAGCAGCCAGCUCUUUAUUCACCUCAGGGAAGUACGCCAUCGACCCAGAGCUGAGAGGGGCGGAGUUUGAACGCAUCACCCAGAACCUGGACGUCCAUUUCUGGAAGAGCUUCUGGAACAUUACGGAGACCGAAGUCCUGUCGAGACUUGCCAGUUUGACAUCCACUCAAGUUAAGGUGAACCGGGCUCUCUCUGUGCCCCCCGUGCCCUUUGACCUCCCCCUGGCGGCCAACCAAGGAGCCUCUGUAACCAUAGCUCCUCCGUCAGCGCACAUCGGCAGCGCUCCAGUUCAGAUGAGGCUCAUCUCCUAUGACUUGCGUGAAGGACAGGACAGCGAGGCUCUGCUGUCUCUCGCCCGUUCUGAGGGGGGCGCCAUCUCUCUGUCGCUGGGGAAGACCAAGCGCCUCCCCCCGUCUUCCAGCAUCCUGAUCCACUUCCACGGAGGAGGAUUUGUGGCCCAGACCUCCAAAUCCCAUGAGCCUUAUCUGAAGAGCUGGUCCCAGGAUCUCGGUGUCCCCAUUUUGUCCAUCGACUACUCUCUGGCCCCCGAGGCCCCCUUCCCAAGGGCCCUGGAGGAGUGUUUCUACGCCUACUGCUGGGCUCUGAAAAACCACCACCUACUAGGCUGGACCGGGGAGAAAGUGUGUCUGGCUGGUGACAGUGCGGGAGGCAACUUGUGUGUGACGACGACGAUGCGCGCGGCUGCCUUUGGCGUGCGGAUGCCAGAUGGCCUGGUGGCCGUGUACCCAGCCACGCUGCUGACCGCCUACGCCUCGCCCUCCCGUCUGCUCACACUUAUGGAUCCCCUGCUGCCGCUCAGCGUGCUCUCCAGGUGUUUGAGCGCCUACGCAGGCAACCAGCCCCAGACGGAGGCGCAGGUGGAGAAGGCGAGCCAGCUGAGUCUGGUGAGGAGAGAUACGGCUGUGAUGCUCCGAGAUCUCCGACAGGGAGCCUCCAACUGGAUCCACUCUCUGCUGGAUUCCAACCGAGCCGCCGCCACCGCCCCCAGCUCGGCUGCACAGGAGGCGCCACCAAGAGCCGCCGACACGGUGAGGAAGAGUAUUUCAGAGGCGUCCUUCUCCUCUCCUCACGCUGACCCCCCUGUCGCCUCCGACUUCCCCUCCCGGAAAUUAUCUGUGAAGAGCCAGACUUGCAAGGAGUUGGGAUCCCACAACGGCUCCACUUCUCACAGUGCAGCGCUGCUCCCUGAGAGCACUCCAGACGAUGUGAAUUUCUUCUUAUCCAAGGAAGCAGAUCCCUCCAUGUCCAGGGAGCUGUUUUCAGUGGCCAUACCUCCCCCUGCUGGAAAGGAGGGGUCAGAGCUGGAGCACCGCAGGGAGUUUCCCCUGGGCUUUGAGCCCCUGCGCUCAGAGCAGCUAGCCACCAUGACGGUGGACACUUCGCCUGUGGUUAAAGAUCCCUUCUGCUCUCCUCUGCUGGCUCCUGACAGCAUGCUGAGAGGCCUGCCCCCUGUGCACAUAGUGGCUUGUGCGUUAGACCCCAUGCUGGAUGACUCUGUGAUGUUUGCCAAGCGUUUGAGGAACAUAGGUCAGCCCGUCACUCUGUGCGUGGUGGACGACCUCCCCCACGGCUUCCUCAGCCUGUCCCAGCUCUGCAGGGAGACCAAGGAGGCGGCUGACGUCUGCGCGGAGAGGAUUCGCUACGUCUUGACCCAGAAGGACACGCCUCCCGAGCCACGCAAGCACCGCAAGCUGGAGCGCACCGAUAGGGGUGUGUCCGUCUCUUCUGGGGAGGCCGGGUCUAUCUUUUCCGACCCCAUUGAGGAAGGGGAGCUUGCUGUCGGGGCUAAAGUUGCCAAUGGGGACGGCUUAGUUGCUGUGGCAGCCCAGAACAACACUGUUGUUAUCGAGCCUUAAGUGAGGUUACAUUAAGGACUGCAGGGGAGUGAAGACACGGGGAGAGUAAAUGAAAGUCAGACAAAUGUAGGCAGUGCGAUGCCUAAAAGGCAGAGAGAAAGCGUCCUAAAAAAACAGAUAGGGGGACAGAGGGGAGGGCAAUCUAUGUGAUUACCCAGUUUCUUAAAGACAAAAAAAAGAGGGGGGGGCGCUAAAACAAGACUUCCUCUGCUUUGCAAUUCUUGCCACUUGUCUGUGCCGCAUUAUGCACAAAGCAAAGCUGGCAGACGAAAUGAAAACACCCACCAAAGACAGUCAUGUUUUCAAAUUAAAUGGUAAUUUACCAGCUACUUAGAUCAAAGACCAGCACACAUGCAGCGCACACACUUAGCAGAGAGCCGUCGGCGGGCACGGCCAGGACACAAAGCAGCGCUGAUACUUAAGACGAGCCCUGAAUGGGCGAUUCAUCCAAGCCAAGGCAGUCAUUUAAGGCACUAAUCAAAUAGUGGUAGGCACACUAUAUGCUUCUGUGUAGAGUCAUCCCAAUCAAAAUGGCCACUUGUCCUUUAGGGAGCCACUCUAAAUCACACUUAAUAACUCCACAUUGUGUUCUCCAUUACGCCUGUUUGGCAGUCACUACAGCUCCUUCGUGGAUAGUUUCUCUGUUGACUCUCUACCAAACACAAUCACAACGCUGAAAGGCUAAACUGGAUACGUUGAUUUACUUGUUUUCUUGAGAUUCUGUUGCAAUUUGUAAUCAUAUUACUACCCCUAUGCAGUAGUGUUACUUUUGUUAUUUAUAUUUUUGUAUUGCUGUAUUUUAAUCCUUGAAUCAUUACAAGUUUUUUUGUUGGUUUGUACACUAUAUUGUUAUUGUUUGAAUGUGCUCCAUAUUUACCCCCUCCUCCUUCGGCACAGCUGCUCAGACAUCCCUGGCCUUUCCAAUUAUACGUGUAUCCUCCUCUAAUGCAUAUUAAUAGGAUAAUAGUAUGGAGUCAUUAUAUAAUAUUACACAGUGGAACAGCUAUCUAGAUGCUGCCUGGUGCUUUUUGUAGUGUUGAUAUGGCUGCAUCUCUAUUCAUUGCUACAGUGACAUUUGUGUAGAUUUCCUGAAGUCAAUGCUUACAUAUUUGGGUCCCAUUCCAAGUCUGUUAAGAACAAUCAUGGCUCUGAUAUGUCUAAGAGACCCAAACGUUGUUUUCCCUUUUGAGACUGGAAAGAGUUCUUCAGAAGUAGAGUAGGAGAGAAAGGGGUAGCAAAAAGCCCUCAGCUAUCAACACACAUUUUAAACUCCACUGAUUUCCUCUCAGAUUGUCCCUGUUACUCACCAGGCGUUUUUCGCUCACUACUUCUCUGCACAGUAUGCAGUGUGUCAAAGUACCACUUGUCUUGAAUCGGGGGAUUUCCUGCCUGAAAAUUGGUUUCUACAAUUCGGAGGCUCUCAGGAAAAACUUAAGUAUAAAAAAAAAUAAGAAGAAAAACAGAUUGCAGGAGUGCUGUGUAAAAGCCACUAGACUUGUAUUUGGCCCACUGAGAGCGGCUGGUGGACCGGGUGCUUUUCCUCCCCACAAUUACAUUUGGGGUUAACUUUGAUUUCAUUAAGCUGAGGGUACUCCUCUGAGCUUUUUGCCACCGAAGCACUUUGAAGCACACGAAAAUGUCCUUCUGAGGGUCAGUCCCUCGAUCAGGUCCAACUAAAUAUAGAUGCCAACAAUGCUGGCUGCGUCCUUCUCCGGCAGCAGGGCCAGGUCUGCCAGGUCUGUGUAGAAGGAUGCUGUGUGAUGAAUAGGAUUUAGCUGAAGCUCCGACUGCAAACCCCCCUCCCCCCCCCCCUGUAGAAGAAGAGCAGGAUUUUCAGCAGAAAAGUCAUGCUACAGGAUUAGACCAUGCUUAGAUCUGUCAACUCCCAGCACUUACUGCAAUAUUUUUAGUCAGAUUGAUGGAAAGAACCAGGGUGGCGAAGAGGAAGACAGUAAUGCACUUGUUCACUCUGAGACACCAGCUGAAGUUGCUUUAUUAGCAGCUUUUUCUACAAUUUUACAGUAUUUUGCAGUUCUGUGCAAGUGUGUGUUUAGGUUACAUGUCACUGUCUUGUUUUAUGUCUUUCUUGGUGCCUGUAUGUGUGGCUCAGGUUGAUUCUACAUGAGCACACUAGUCUCUGGUGUGUGUGUGAGAAACAUGAGCUUGUGUCCUGUGUUCACACCGAGACACGAAUGGCACUUUACUAAUGGUCAAAAGACUAUUUAAAGUAUUAAUCAUGAAUAAUCUUUUGUUAAAACAACCUCAAGACACUAUUGGACUAUGUGUUGUGUCGGUGAUGUUCUGUACAUCAACAUGACUUCUUCAUCAGUCCUGAAAUCUCUACCGCCUAUGAAGCCUAGCAGGGUUGAUCGGCCAUUAGCACUUUGUUGUAUAAAGUAUGUGGGCGACUAGAGCACUUUUUUUCAAAAGUGUGUCAGUUUCCACUUGCUGUUCAUAGACCUCCUUAUGCCUCUUACCCUUAAUGACCACUCAUGCAUCCGGCUGCCCUGACUGCAGGGGAUGCAUCAACCAUGCUGUUUUGGAUGAAAAUGUUUGCAGUGUUACCUUUUUUUUAAGUUUUCCCAUUCCUGGCAUUCUGUGGUUCUGCCGAUGCUUAUUUGACUUCCUGCAGCUUCAAGCAGAAGUACUUUUUUCAGUGAGUGUUGUCGCCUUAUAGCGUCUAAUUGUUGAUGGUCCAUAUACUUUGUAAUCACAAAUUGUCCUUGUAAAAACAAUCAAGUUGUAGUCGUCAGUGUAAUGUUGCUUUUUAUCUUUUAUUUGUUUGAUAAUCAGGUUGAACAACGUACCUCCAGUUUUUAAAGCUCUUAUGUGAGAUUUUCUUGCCCCUGGCUGAUUUAUUUGAAAAAGUGCAAUGCAAAGUGCAACGCUGCUACAGACGUGAGCUCGCUGCUUACAACAUUAACAAGCUAUGCAGUUAACACACCAGCAUCUCAUCAUCUUUCACACACUCCAUCAGAAAUGCUGUGAUGCAAUUUAUUGUUGUGCAAUCUAUCAAGGUUGGAUUUCAUAGUUGGCUCUUUAUACCAAAUGUAUACCAAACUUCCUUGAAACCUCAUUCUUUCAUAAAUGCAUCAACGCUCUGAUGCGACUGACCUCAACCAGUUCUCAGAAAUGUUUGCAAAUGAAAAAUAUGAAUUUGAUCACUAAGUUACUUAUCUUAAAUAUAUCUCGAGCGCUUCAAAACGGAACCAAAGACUGCAGCCGGAGUCUCCUAACGGAUGUGCUGCUUGCCAUUUAGUGUUUGCUGUUGAUGAUAAUGCAGUCGGUGCCAUACUCUGUCUGCUCUCCUUAUGCACACUGCGCCGCAAAAUGUAAUACUGGUUUUUCAGAAAACAAGCCAUAGACUGGAAACAAAGCGGUUUUAAGUUUACUUGGUUUUUUUCUUUAUUUAAUUCAAAACACCAAAAAAAAGAAUGUAUAUCAAACGUUAUGAUUCAUGUAGAUAUCUCUACUUUCAGAUGUGUUGAUCGAAUGAUUGAUGAUUUGAUUUGCAGGUUGCAUUCUUCAAUGUUGUGUCUGAUACGCCACGAGUCAGCUGGUUUCUUCCUUUGUUGAUUUUUAUCUAAAUAAAUAUAUUCUCCCAUGAA